AUGAAUCUUUUUCGAGGUUCUUGGAAUCCUACCGAAGACGUAAUUCCUAUUCAUUCACCUGUUGGUUUAUUACAAAAACUAAAUGCUUAUCGUGCAUCAAGUGGUUCAACGCUGGUAUCUUCAUUACCAUCGCCUUCACCAUCGCCACAAAAUGAACAUAAAUCAACAAUUCUAAGUGAAUCAACGAAUUUUUUCACACGUCUUUGGCGUUCCAAUACUAAUCGCGCAACACCAUCACAAAUUUUAGUAGCUUCACAUGAAAAAAAUUCAUCAUCAUUUGACCAGAUACCUGAAUCAACUCCAAUAUUCGUUGACACGCCGCCUAUAUUGUUACCAUCACCUAUAUCAAGUCGUCGCAUAUCAUUUAUACGUGACGUAUCACCAAAGCGUUCAUCACAAUCAUGUCCAAUUUCAUCACCAACAAUACCAUCACUUCAAUCACAACCAACAACAUUAAGUACAAUAACAGAUCCUUCAUUCGAAGAUACAGCAUCUGAACAACCAUGUGAUACAGCAAGUGAAUUUUAUUCUCAAAGUUUUGAAACAAACAUCGAUGGUAGUGAUACAAAAAUAGUCGAUGAACAAGUUAACGAAGAAAUUUCUAAAGAACAACAACAAGACUUAACAUCCAAUGAACGACAUCGUAAUUUGAAUCCAUCAAAAAAAUCUAUGUUGCCAUCAAUAAAAAGUAGCAUUGCAUCGCCUUUGCAAAUGGUUGAACAACUGCAUAGUGAUAGUUUCACUUCACCUGAAGCCAGUAUUGAUGCCAGUAUGGCUAUGGAUUAUUUUUCUACUCCAAUAAUAAAGAUACAAGCAAUAAAGAAUAAUACUACAUCAAUAAUAACGGAAAAUCCGUUAACAACGCAUAAUAAUCCCAAAAAGACAAAUCGAGCAGGCGUUCGUUAUGCUGAAACAUUAGCACGCAAACGAGCAUUGAUGCAUCGUGAUUAUCAAUGGACAACAACAUUGGAUGAUGUAGAAUCAAUAACAAAUAACAAUAAUCAAGUUAAUAGUAUAAAAGAAUCACGAGCUUCAUCCGAUUUAGCAGCGAAUGCACUAUCAUAUAAAAGUGAAAGAAUAUCAUCUUCAUCCUCGUCAAAAAUGAUUUCUAAAACUGAUUCAUCAAAUAAUAUUCCAAAUGUUGUUCUACGUCGACGACGUUCUUCUCGUCGUUUACCAGAAAUACCUUUAACUAGUAAAAUAUCAAAUAAUAGCGAAACAACUCAAACAGAUGAAAUGGAAAUUCCAUCGCCAUUAUGUACAUCCGAUGAACUUCAAUGUCAAUUUACACAUGAAAGUUCUUUGUCUAAUUCUUCAAAUUGUUCAAAACGUGUUGAUGUCGACUCAUCAUCAGCGGCUCGGUUACCACACAAGAAACUAUUACAUAAACUUCAAUCGCAAAAUACAAAAUCAGUUGAUUUAUCGAAUUUAACACGGCGAAAAUCAUGUCUUAUUGUUAAUAACACAUUAUUACCACAACGUUCACUUGAUUAUCCAAGUAUUGUACGUAAAACACCUGAUUUAUCUGAUAUUGUUCGACAACGUAUGUUAUAUUCAAAAAUAUCCAAACAACAGCAAGAAGAAAAUUUUUCUCGAAGCCUUGAACGUGAACAUGUCCCAAAAGUUCCCAAGAAAAUUAUUAUUAGACAAGACAAUAGUAUUGAAAUUGCAUUAAGUAAACCACCUAAACUCCGUCGCCAGACUUUAUCAGAAGAUUAUUAUUAUGGAUGUAAUCCUGAAGUAGAAUUUACUACAAUAUCACCAACUGCAGGUGGUUCAUCAACACUUGGCAUACCCAAUCCAUCGUAUGGUUCAGGUUUAAUAGCCGGCGAUCGAAGGAAAACAAUUGAAACAUGUGAAAAUAUUUUUUUACAUGCUGAAGAAAAUUCAAAACUACGUGCACGGACACCACCAUCAAAUCCACAUCGAAUUUUACUUCAUCGAGAUAAAAAUGAUACUUCAAUACGAACAAAUGGUCUCGGAAUGCGUAUUGUUGGCGGACAAGAAUGUGAAGAUAGCAGUCUCGGAUGCUUUGUAACAAAUGUUUUAUAUGGAGGUCCAGCCGAUGUUCAAGGUUAUAUUGAAGUAGGUGAUCAAAUACUGGAAUUCAAUGGACAUUCAUUAAUUGAAUCUACAUAUGAAGAAGUUCGUAUUUUACAAGAUCAUUGUGGUGAUAUUGUACAAUUAGUUGUUCAACAUAAUAAUAUUAGAUUACAAAUCAGCAAUGGUCUAGUACUAUCGUCGAUGGAAAUUUCUAGACAUUUUGAAACUGUGCCACGUUUAUCAUCAUCAUUAACACGAAAACGACGGAACUUACCACCGUUGCCACCACCAUCAUUAUCAUCAACAAUACCGAAACAACAAAAAAAAGAUUUAUUUGAAACAGUUGAAACACUUGAAGUACCAAACGUUAAAGAGCUCAAACCAAUUUUAAUUAAUCGUGGUCGACUUCUAGCUCAAAUUUGGCAUGAUAUUGAAGAUAUGAAAUUAGCUUUGACAAUAAUUCAAGCAAGUAAUCUUCCUUUACGAUCAAAUGGUGAUCAACCAUAUUCAUUUAUUACUGGUAAAAUGUUAUUCGAAGAUCGUGGUUUUGAUAUGUUUGAAACUAAAAUAAUUCAUUCAGCCAAUCCAGUUUAUAAUGAAACAUUUGUUUUUCAUGAAGUUGAAACUGUUGAUGUUCUUCUUCUAGAAAUUUUUCUUUGGGAUAAGAAACAAUAUCAAUCCCAUACUGAUACGACAAAUGAAUCCGAUGAAUUUCUUGGUAUGAUACAAUUACCAUUGAAUGAAGCUAAUCUUGAAGAUGAACCACGCUGGUAUGAAUUACGUGAUCGCCAAACACGUAAGCCAUCAACAUCAAGUGUUACAUUUAAAUCAUCAUCAGUAGAAAGCGCUGAUAGUAGUGGUAAAAUGCCACCACUACUUGCGUCAAGUAAAAAGGAAGGACGUACAAAAGUAUCAAUAGAUUUAUCAAUGCAUACAUUAACUCCGUUGCCAAUAAAUAACAGCAAUACAAGUCGAAGAGGUUCUUCUUCGUCACAAACUACUCAUAAACAUCCAAGUAUUACUAAUGCAACAAUUCCAACUAUUAUAACGACUAGUAUCGAUGAUGACAAAAGUGAUGAAUCAAGUUCUAGACGUACAUCUACAAUAAGAGCACAAUCAGAAAAAUUAAAACGUCGAAUAUCAAAAAACAUCUCAAAGUUAUUCGAUGGUCGUCAAAGACGUUAUAGUGAGUCAACAUCGAAUUCUGCAAACUGUUCACCAUCACGAAAGCUAUCAUCACAAGUUAAUACAAAUAUGACUAGAGAACAUGAUAUUGAUACAACUUCGGCUAUUAUUACAUCAGAAAAUACAGCUCCUGUAACGUGCAAAUCACCACGCCAUAGUGUAAUAUCAACAAUAAAUCAAGAUGAUCAACAGCAACAAACAAUAAUACGUCCGAUUUUAUCACAACAAAUGCCUAUUGGACAAUUAAUGUUACCCUAUAUUCCAUCAUCUCGACAUUCAUCUAUAUCAGGUUCAAGAAAAUCUUCAGCUGCAUCUAAUUUUGACAGUGAUGAUGAUAUUGAUAGAUAUUUUACAUUAUCUGAUCAACAACAAGAUGAAUUAAUUGAUAAUAGCAGUGUUCAACAGCGCACUGUUGGUCCAGGUCAAGUUCCACCUAGAAAUUAUGAAAAUCUUAUUUAUGAUUAUAUGCAUAUGGGACAAAUUCAACUAGGUCUUAUUGUUACCAAAGGUCUACUAGAAAUUGAUAUUAUAUCUGCAAAAGGAUUAGAACGAGUUAUUGAUGACAGUCACGAUAAUCAUAAUCAUACUGAAGUUAGAAAUGAAGAUAUUCCACCAGAUACAUAUGUUAAAACAUAUCUUCGAACGGGUACAAGACGUGUGCAAAAGCGUAAAACAGCAACUAUAAAAGGCAACUAUAAUCCAGAAUAUCAUUCAAAAUUAAAAUAUAACGCUUGCAAUGUUAUGGGUCGCCGUCUUCAAGUAACAGUAUGGCAACGUGGUGGUAAAUUCGAAAAAAAUCAAUGUAUAGGUGAAGUAUUUAUUCAAUUAGAUAAUUUAACGUUAAAUCAACAUACUAUGGCUUGGUAUAUAUUAUUUCGAGAAAAACUAGUUGAAAGCGAAUUUUACGAUUCAAGUUGA